AUGGCCAUACUGCUGAUACACUUGCGCCGCAUUCUGCUUCUGGUCACGGUCGUCUAUCUGCUGGGGGCGCUCGUGCGGAAGCUGCUGUACGGUGGCACGGCGGUGGCCACCCUCCGCUCGGGCGGUUUCCUGUUUGCCAAACGACUACACCUGCAGCCGUGGGUGUACAUCUACACGUUUUAUCUGUACGCACUGGUGCAGACCGGCGCCGGCUGGAACGAGCUGAACCUAUUUGACAAUUUCUUCCGAUAG